AUGGCUGUUGAUCAAAUACAAGAGAGCACUGGUGCAAAAAUUGUUGGCAAGCGCCAGGUUUUCCCUCAUAACGAUGGGGGUGUGGCAACACCGGCUCCCGAAAAGAAGCCGGUGGAACAACCGGAGACGGGGUGGAGUGAUCGGGCGCCGCGGCAGCGUUACCUACACCACCGGUCCGUGCAGGUCGAUGCAGAGAUGUCCUCCACCAUAAGGAUUGAAGAGAUGGAGUCUGACCAGGAGAAGACUUGUGAAUCACCUGGAAAGGCUUCAUACAAACAUAGCUUUACCAUGCAGGAUCUUUUCUCUGAGGUCCAGGAAAUAGUAGAAAGGAAUGACAUCAUAAAUGAUUAUAAGAAUUGUGUCCUGGAACAAGUUGCCUUGAUGAAAAGUACCAGUUUGUCUCAACUUUGUGGUCCAAACGUCUUGAAAAGACUAGAAGCCCAGUGGAGUAAAGCAGUGUUGGAUGCCUCAGCCACAGUGCAAGUCAAAACAGCCCAGCUGGGUGAAGUCAUUCAGUAUCAUAAACUGUUGGGAAAAAUCAAAGCGCUCCUGGAGGAAGUGGAUGGUCAGAAGAAAACAAUUAACUUACAUCCCUUGGAAAGCAGUGCACAGCAAGCUGAACAGCUCCAAGCCCUGCUGCAAAGGUUAAAUCGAAGCGAAGAAAUGUGGGAAGAGCUCCUUGCCUUGAGUAGCCAAUUGGCUGUCCACUUGAGUGAUGCGGAAAGCUCAGGUGUUCUACUCGCUCAGCUUGGAGAUGUCCAAGAUGCAUGGAGACUUUUGAGUGGUCAUAUUAAGAGAGCCCUGUGGCAGGCAGCUAACUCUACCUGUCAGUCAUCUGUCCUUAUGAAAGAGGUUCGACGUCUUAAAGACAAGAUUGCAGGUGUCCAGGAAUCUAUUAAUUCCUACGGGGAAUGUCAUGACACCAAAAGCAUUUUAGAACUUUUUUGUUUGAGCGAAGACCUAAAAAUGUGUUACCAAAUAUAUGGGCAUCUGCAGUCUUUCUCAGAUGCUCUUUUCCAGUGUUCUAUUGGCCAGAAAGAGAAGAAAAGCAUUGAACUUCACCUUGAAGAAUUGAGGACUUUACUGCAAACUGCCCAGAUCAGACCCUCCGUAUGUGGUGAUAAUCCUCAUAAGCAGUUCAAAGAAUGGAUCACAUGGGCAAAACAGAUGGAAUACCGCAUUACCAUGGGCCAAAAAUUGUCGCUUUUCCCAGAAGAAGCUCGUAUUCAGAUUGUUGAGAUGAAGAAGUACCAGACAGAUAGCUUGAGCAGAAGGUCAAAGAUGAAACUAGAGGAAAUGAGAGAGGACAUGUCAGACAUGAACAAUGAGGACUAUCGCCAAGGGUUGAAAGUUGUAGAAGACCUGUAUCAAACUAUGACUGAAAACUUGGAUAAUGUUAUAGACAGAAUGAAAAAGAAUCUUCAGGAGAGGGAGACACUAUUAGACCACAUUGAUAGUAUUGAUGUAUGGCUUGUAGAAACUAAAGCGAACAAGGACCCCAGUGCUUAUGUUGAGAAUGUUUCAAGAGUUGACAUCAGCUCACUUGAGAACAAGCUAAAACGUCAUCAAGAAGUCGCUGAUGAAAUUGAAAGACAUCUAGCUCUGGUAGAGUCUUUGGAGACAAAGUUCAAGGAAGUCUCAGAAAGCCUGAGCCCUGUAGAGAGCUGUUACAUUGUCAACAGACUCUCAGGCAUCUGGACAGAAUUCGAUGGGUUGCUGGCGCAAGAGAGUGCAACAAGCUGGCAUUUGGCGGAGAUGAUUCACGAGCGUACCUCGUCUGGUGAGGAGCUUGCUACCAUCAAGGAUAGUCUAAAGAACAUAUACAUUUCUUUGGACCAGCUUCAUUUUCCGAUGACACAGGAAGCAAUUUUGACAAUUGCGCAUCUGGAGCAGAUGCUAAUGGAACAUCAGUGUCAAGUACAAGAGAUUCAACACAGUGAUGAGGUAGAGCGGAGCUCUUUACUCUGCACCAUUGGGGAACUGCAAGAGAGGUGCAAAGUUCUUAGUUUUUUUGCUUUUGAGCAAGACAAAUAUCUGCAACUGAAAAAGCAGAUGGAGUAUUCAAUGGACACGUCUGAAGAGCAAAUCCAGCAUGCUAGAGAUAGAACAUUGAGUCUGGGUGAAAGGUUCAAACUUUUCCAGGCCCUCUUAGUGGACCUCCCACUGAUGAAGACACAGUGUCAAGAAGCGGCGGACCAACUGGAGGUGAUUGCUCAGGAGCUGAACCCAACAGAGCUGGAUUUAGAAAGGCAGAACAUUCGCUAUACUGUGGACAAAUUUGUUACUUGGGAGCACACGGCCUCAGAUGAGAUCAAACAUUUGGAGGGCAAGCUUCUUCUGGGACUGCGCUUUUCCUCUGAGCUUCCUACAUUGAUGGCAUUUUUCCAAACAACUACCCAAGAAUUGCAGAGCACGGAACCAGUCAGUCCAGAUGAAAGAGCCAUAGAUGUUGCACUGCAAAGGCGUUGGGUGAUAUGGAAAAACAUGGAGUCUGGCAUGCGAAUGUUGCGAGCUCUAGCUUCGAAAGGGAAAAUUAACUUACAGAGCCACAGUGAUUUGCAUUCAUUUAGAGAGGCUGCCAUGCACGAAUGCCAUAUACAGAUGGAAUGUUUAUCCAAGACUCGAGAAUCCUUGAAAGAUUAUCAGUGGGCUGCCCAGGGGGCUAUUCACUUCCUUCACAAUGCUGAAAUGACAUUUUUGUCAGCUCCUGGUGGGUUUCUUGACUGUACGGAGGAACAAACUCAGACCCAACAGGCCAUUGAAGCUCUAGAAGAAGGAUUUGUUGCCCAUAUCCAGCAUCUUGUACAACUGGUGCCGCAACAAGCUUGUGUUUCCUGCUCAAAGACUCAAGAUCUUCACAUUGGCAUCCUCAGCCAGUUGCUAGUGGGACGAGCCAUAUUGGAGGCUCAGGCACAACUCAGACUUGAGUCCUUACAGAGAUGUGCACUUCGACAACAGAGUCACAGGGUUUGUCACAGUGACGUACAACUGCGUCUGACUGAGUUUGAAGCAAAACUUUCAGCAUGCGCAGCAGAAGAAGUGACAUCAUACAAUAAAUGUACUGCGCAACACAAACAAUCUAAGGACUUGAUGGAGGGUGUCUAUGAUCUUGCAAGGAAGACUGAAGAACUACGAGCAAGAUGCCCCAUGCAGGGAUGUGGUGUUGGAAAGGAUGGGGAACUUGGUGCCCUCUGGAGGCGAUGGGUAUCACUGCGUCGUGGUGUUGGUCUGUUGAUGGCACAAACAGAUCAGAGAGUAGAGGAAUGGAAGGACAUCACAACCAGUGUGGAGCAGUGCCGCAACUCCUUGGCCAUACUUCAGACUAAAGUUCCUGACUCCUUGACUGUAAUUUUGACACAAGACGAGCUCCAGAGGCUUGUUUCCCAGGCAGAGAUGCAGCAGGUCGGUCUGGAACAAGAACAGCAGACUUUAGCAUCCCUGGAACACUGUUUAGAGCAUGCGUUGGGUUGGACUACAUCCAAAGAUCCCAGCAGUCUGCCAGGGCCAUUUGGUGUAACACUUGUGAAGAUUCAAGAAAAUAUCAAAUGUUUGAAAGAAAGAAAUCUCCAUGUGAUAGCUGUUGCCCAUAUGGAGGAGAGGCAAAGACAUCAGUUUGAAGAGAGGAUAGGAGAGGUUGAGAAGAGCAUGAUCACUAUUCUUCCCAUGUUGGAUAACGACAUGAAUUCAUCGCAACACCAGGAGCUAACAAAAGAUUUGACCAACCAGCGGGUUGAGCUAAAGAGUAUCCUGGUAAGUCUGCAGGAGAAAUACACUGAUAUUCCACCUGAUUUUGGAAAGCGAAUACAAAAACUUGAAGAGUCUGUGGAGGAAGCUGAGAAGAAGCUGAUUAAACAGAGUGAGAUGAUUCGGAAAUUGGCUUGUCAAGUGACAGAGUUGAUUUCUGGCCUGGAGCAAGUUAAAAUAUCUUUGGGGCAAAAGAGCACUACUCUCCUUGAGGCCCAAUCUGCUCUCAAACAUGUGUGGGACAGGUUAGACUCUUGCCACAGUCGCUUGAUGCUCCUGGAGAAUGACGUGCAGGAUCUUGUAGAAGAAAAAUCCGACCAAGCUCACCUAUUCAUGGACCAACUGACACGUCCAAUGCAACUUUACCAAGAAGCUGUGCAGAUGGCCGAGCACCGCACUGCUUUCCUCAACAAGAUACCUGCCUUUCUUCAAGAGUUUGAAGACCUGCUUUCCAGUGCCAACUGUUGGUUUGAUGAAGCUCAGGCAUGGCUGAAUACUCCGUGCUCUUUCCCAACAUCAAAAGGCCUCCAUAGUCAUGCAAGGUCCCUGCAGCUGGUCCUCGAUGACUCAACAAGAAUUAGGAGCAUGCUGAAGGAUUUUAGGCCUGUGUUGGCUGAGAUUUCCACUGUAUGUGAUCUCAGUGCACAGGAGAUGAAGAUGGAGAUUACAGACCAACAGGUGGAAAAGAUGCAAAAGUGCAUUUGCGAGCUAAUGGAGCAACUUAAACAGGCUGUUGAGGUAGUGGACACCAUGGAAAAUGAGUUGCAGGCCUUUGAGGAGAAUAUCCCCAAAAUCAGAACUAUUUUAUCUUCUAUGAAUAACUCCAGCAUCACAACAUUAGAGCACCUUCAAAACCAAAAGGUGAUCUUGGACAAUGUCCACUCCAUGCAGAAUACAUUAGCAGACAUGGAGCACUACAAAGAAGAUUUAUCCCUCCCACAGGAAACAAAGGAGAGUCUUCUGGUGUUCUCCCGAAUAAAAGUUCUCCUACAGGUGCUGAACGAUUUGGAACAUCUCACCCGGCAACAAACCAUUCUUUUGGAGGAGGCUUUUGAAGAGUCUAAUUCGGAAGAUGGUCUAGAUGAAGAUGAGAGCUGUCACUCGUCCUCCUCUGACACACUAACAUGCAGUAUUCCUGAGGACCCAGAGGAUACGCUCGAUGCUUCAGAGGUGCAAAGUAAAAUGACUGAUAUGGAGGGACAGUCUGACGACAAGGAGUGGACCCGCUGGGAGGAUAAUAGCAGUCGAUUUGGUAGACUGCUAGACAACCUUGAAGUCUGUGUCAGUAGAUCUGAAGCAGAGGGGGAGGAUGAAGAAGAGUCCCACAUACAGCAACGUCUACAUACUUGUCAGCAAACUUUGGUCGAAAUGGAAGUGAGCAGAGCUGCCCUGGGACUGCUUGUAGAUCAAACAUGUGGUUUGCAGACAGAUCCUACGUUUGCAACUUCAGUCAAACAGGCAGGUGGUGCUCUAGAGUUGCGAUGGCGACGCCUUCGCAGCCGCGUGGAAGAGAAGGUUCAGCACUGGAGUGACAUCUGGGAAAGAUGGGUCAGAUUCCAGACAGACUUUGCCUCUGUCAGUAAAUGGCUCCUUGACGCCAACAAACACCUGACAAUUUGGUCAGAACUGAGCACUGAUGCCUCACAUGUGAACCAGGAGAAUGUUUGCAAGGGUUUCAUCAAGGUUUUGAAGCUGCUGCUGAUGUGGCCACCGAUGCAACUGCUGGCUUACUUAGAAGACUGGCUCACAAAACAGGAGGUCCAACUGGAGAAGGAGAGAGAAAAAGUUCACAAGGCCACAGAUGCUGCACAUAUCAUUAAAACCCUGCAGUGUUAUCAGGCAUUAAAGAUGUCUUUGGUCAAUGGACAGCCUCUUCUGGAAUUCCUCUCACAAACCCCUCGUAAAGUGAUGGGAGUGGAUGUCCAGACUCUUCGAGCGGAACGUAUAAUGUAUGCAGAGCAACUUGGUGCCCUCAGGCAACGGUGGAUUCACCUGCAGGGGUCGCUGGAGAGCCAGAUUCAUGGUGAUCAAGAGCUCUAUUACACUUGUAGUGCGAGAGAAAAACAGUUGAAGCAUCUCCGUCACUCAGUUGAACAACAGAAAAAGCAAAUUAAUCAGUGGAAAUAUCCUUCUAGUCAAACACAGAUUCAAAAAGUUCUGCAGGAGUGGGAGGCCGUUGUUGGAAGAAUAAAAGAUGUGGCUGCAGCUCUGCAGGGGGUAAAAACCACACGAGUUUUUGUCGAAAAGGAGCAUCCGUGUGAUGUCGCUUUUUGUGAGCAGGCAGAGACUGUCAGUCUUGCUUGUGAGGAUCUCAUUCAGCAGAUGCAAACUUUGGACCCUGUGUUACAACAAGUUGUCAAAGAAUGGUCCUGUCUAGACAGGAAUCUGCGGGAAGUUUCUCAGUAUACUAGCAGAGUUCUCUGCACCAUGAAGCUUUACAGAGAAACUUUGUUCUCGCUGAAGUUGACAGAAGAUUAUCUGGAACUUCUGCAGCAACUCCAGGAGAUGUGUGAACAAGCGAAGAAACUUUGGACAGACAUCAGCAAAUCCUUUCAGAUUCUUUUGAAGACUCUAAAUGCUGAAGCAAGCCAGUCACUGAAUGAUCGGAUAGAACAAGAGAGAAAGCGGUGGGAGGACAUGAUGGAAAAAUUAAAGGAGGAACACCAGAAAACUGACGAGACUCUUAUCCUCUGGCAGAAGUAUAAUCACGCCUUUGAUAACAGUUCUCAUCAACUGGAACACCUUUGGUGUCAGUUCUCCUCCUUUUCACCCCAACAGGAACCACAGACUACUGUCCAGCUCAUGGAGAAACUGCAGAAUUUGGCUGAGGAUCUACAAAAUAGCGUGGAAAAUGUGCUGGCCUUGUCAAAGCCUCUCAUUGGAUGUCUCAAACCACUGGCCCAAAAUGUUGUCCAGUCAGAGAGCAUGGAGCUGUCACUUGAAAUCCUCCUGCUGAACCAGGCGAUGUCAGACACAAAGAAAAGUUUUCAGGAAAAUUUGGAAAACGACACACUAUUUCACACGCAGCUGGAAGCCCUUGAGCAGCAGAUACAAAAUAUAGUGCAUGGGGAGAAAUCUAACAUGAAUGACAAAGACAUUGUGAAGCAAGAGCUUUUGAAACUAAUUAAACUGCUUCCAUCAGUGGUUGAUGUCAGCGAGAUGAGUGGCUGUGUGAUCCUUAACAAGGAGGAGAAAGACACACUGCACAAGCUCAGCAAAAAAUGGACCCACAGUGUGAAUCACAUGUCCUUUUUGUACAGAACUCUGCAGCGCGAACUUCAGCAGUCCCAAGACUUUCAUCUGAAGUGUCAGAAACUAACAUUUAUUCUGGAGAUGCUAGAGUCAGAACUUCCAGAGAGCUUCAACAUCCAAGAAAAACUUGCUGUCCAGCAGUCCUUUGAGUGUUCUGGAGUGUGGACCAAAUGUAGCUUUUGCUUCUGCCAUAGAUCUGAGCUGCUGACACAAGUGGUCCAACUGCGAAAGAGAUGGUUCAGGGCUUUGUCGCUGGCUGGUCAGCACCAGUCUAAAACUGGAGAACAGAUCCACCAGUGGAGGAUCUAUAAACAAGGCAUGAAGGUUCUGGGGAAGACACUGAAAACUGCUGAAACCCUGCUGUCCUCUGCUCAACCUUCACUCACUCUCUCCCCCGUCACAUCACAACGGCUUGCAGGUUGCUACCAGAACUGGUCACAAUGUCAAGAUGGGAUGAGUACCAUAAUGUGUGAGUUGGACAAGCUGAGGACCCAGUUGAAGUGGCAGCUGCCUGAGAAAAUGGAGGAGUCUGAGCAGGAAGAGCGCCUUCAGAAGACGGACCUCUCUCUGCGCCUGGUAGCUGGUGGAUUGAAAGACCUGGCCUCCAUGAAGACUGACCUGUCUCCAUACGUUGCGGCAGCGGAUUCUGCUCUGCUGGAGCAGCAGCUGGAACAACUUCACAUCCAGUGGGAAGAACUGUGUACCAAGGUAUCUUUGCGCAGGCAGGAAAUUGCUGACCACCUCAACGCCUGGACUAUAUUUAAUGACAAAAACAAAGAGUUCUGCGAUUGGCUUACCCAGAUUGAAAACAAGGUGUGCCAGAGCACGGAUCUCAGUAUUGAAGAAAUGGUGGAGAAGUUGAAAAAGGAUUGCAUGGAGGAAAUCAAUUUGUUCAGUGAGAACAAAAGCCACUUGAAGCAGCUGGGAGAGCAGCUGCUGUUGGCCAGUGACGAGGCCAAGCAGACCCAAGUGUUUUGCUCCCUGCAAGAGAUUAACCAGAGAUGGCACAACCUCUUCGGCCACAUCGAGACCAGAGUGACAAAGCUGAAAGAGACCUUGCUAAGAGUGCAGCAGUUGGACAAAAACAUGAGUAACCUCCGAUCAUGGCUUUCGCGUGUUGAGGCUGAACUGUCCAGACCCAUCACUUACAGCGUGUGUCAUCACCAGGAGAUCCAGAAGAGGCUUGCUGAGCAGCAGGAGCUGCAACGCGACAUCGAGCAGCAUACGGACGGCGUAACCUCUGUCCUGAACCUUUGCGACCUUUUGUUGAGGGACGAAGAUGCCGCUGCUGCCACUGAGAUGGAAAAUGACUCCCUGCAGGAAACCAGUCGUAGCCUGGACCAGCGCUGGAGGACCAUCCGUGUCAUGGCUCUAGACAGGCGACUUAGGAUUGAGGAAACAUGGAAACUUUGGUGCAAGUUUCUAGAGGACUAUUCACAGUUUGAGGACUGGCUCAAGAUGGCUGAGAAAACUGCUUCCAACCCUAAUACUGGAGAUGUUCUUUACACAGUCGCCAAGGAGGAGUUGAAGAAGUUUGAGGGUUUUCAAAGGCAGGUGCAUGAGCGCCUGACCCAGUUAGAACUCGUCAACAACCAGUACCGGCGUCUUGCAAGGGAGAAUCGUACGGAUCGCUCCAGCCAGCUUAAAGCUAUGGUCCACGAGGGCAACCGUCGCUGGGAUAUUCUGCACCGACGAGUGGCCGCUAUCCUUCGCAGGCUUAAGCAUUUCACUAGUCAGAGGGAAGAAUUUGAAGGCACUCGGGAGAGCAUGUUGGUGUGGCUGACGGAACUGGACUUGCAGCUUACCAACGUCGAACACUUUUCUGAGAGCGAUGUCCAUCACAAGAUACAGCAGCUUAGUAGUUUCCAGAAAGAGAUCAUCGUCAACACAGAGCGAAUUGACGGGCUGAUCGUGUUUGGUGAAAGUCUCAUCCAGAGGAGUUCACCUGAGGACGCUGCACUGAUAGAGGAAGAGCUGGAGGAGCUUCACUGCUACUGUCAGGAGGUUUUCAGCCGACUGGUUCGGUUCCAUCAACGUCUCAGCCAGCCCCCGAUUAUCGCUAAAGAACCGGAGUUCUCCGGCACCACUUUUUCCUUGGAGUCAAGCUUGGAACUGAUUGGAAGGCCAUGGCUAGGCCGGAGCCAAGGAAGCCUUCCGGCCACACCCUCCCACCUGCUGGCGUUUCCCCUGGAGCAUUCCGGGCGGGAGACACCUGUGAGCGUGGACUCACUGCCCUUAGAGUGGGACCACACCGGGGAUGUUGGAGGAUCAUCAUCACAUGAGGAUGAUGAGGAUGACGGUCGACACGAUGAAGAGGGAAUUUACUUCAGUGCAUUGUCAGGCAGGUCGAUGGCUGCCUAUGACUCACCAACAUGGCAACCAGCUGGAGAAGAACAAACUGAUGCGGGAAGCGACACUAGGACUAAUCCCACCCUCACCAGCACACCUGUAAAGCAGAGCUAUUUGCAUCAAAUGUCUCAGUGCAGUGAUGGCGUUGAAGAGAUUAAAAGAGUGUCUUUUAUGCUCAAUGAUGAGGAGCAGCCUGAGAUUUCUUUUAGCAACUGCGAAGGCUCGGACUUACAGUCAGGUGUGAUUGAACGCUGGGAGCUGCUCCAGGCUCAGUCCAGGAAUGAGCAAGACGCUGACCCCCGGAACCCACAAACUGUCACAUCUGACAUUGAUGAUGUCAUUUCCUGGUUAGACAACAUUCAUCCGGUACUAGACCGCCUCCAGCAGUCGCAGUCAACUCACAGGAUUGUUGACAUGGCAACCAGAGCUAAAGAGAUGAAGGAGAUGCAGAAGAUGUUUACACGCUACAAGCCUAUAAUGCUGUCUGCCAACCUGCGUGCUCUUGAAGUCCCAGAAGAGCAGGAAAAACUCAUUGAUUUGAACCGAGCCUGGAGUCGAGCUUCUACGCAGCUUCACCAGUGGGAGACUGGUUUGAGAAGGACUCUGAUGCGCUGCGAGGAGUUUCAUGAGAGCCUCCAUUCUCUGUUGCUGUGGUUGGCGCACGCCGAGAACAGACGCUUAGCAGUGGACAUCAGGGACCCCGAGACACCUGUCCAAAUUCUCAAACAACACCAUAACUCCCUCACUGUGCUGCGAGAGGAGUUACUAGAGAGGCAGACCCAGCAGGCCUCGCUCCAAACUUUGUGGUCUCAACUGCAGCCGGAUGACUGGGAUGAAGGAAGUGACGAGGCCCAGGAGAAGAUCCAUGUGACGGGCACCAAACUCAAGUUACUUUUGAGUGAUGUGACACAGGAUUUGAGCACCCUGCAACAGUGUCUGGAUUUCAGAGGUCAAGAUAUCCCUACGGAUUCUUUUCAGAAGGUCACACAAACAGUGACAUCUCUCACUAAAAGAGAGAGCGGACACUCAGCUCCAUCUCGGCCCUUCUUCCAUCGGGUCCUGCGAGCUGCUUUCCCGUUUCAUCUCCUCUUCUUGUUCCUGCUGCUCCUCACGUGUUUGGUCCCUCAUUCGGACAGAGACUCAAACUGUACUGUUGUCAACAACUUUGCCCGAUCUUUUCAUCCCAUGUUACACUACACAAACGGACCCCCGCCCACCUGA